UAUCUUUUUAUAACCAGUGGCUAUCUGUUUAUAACCUGUGGCUAUCUGUUUAUAAUCUGUGGCUGCCUUUGCUAUCUGUUUAUAACCUGUGGCUAUUUGUUUAUAACCUGUGGCUAUCUGAACGUAAUGAUAAUUACGUACCUUACUGGCAACACAUGA